UUUCGGAAAUUUUGCCGCCUCCGCCAUUGAUGUUUUUCAAGUUCCCACGCAGCUACUACCAGCUUCUCGCCACACCAACACAAAGGACGACCACAAUCAAACGAGUUUGAACAAAAACCCACUUUAGUACAGACAAGCAUGACCAUGUACGAAUAUUCCACCAAAUCCUCUGAGCCUUUCCUGCUCCAUCUUCUUCACCAAUUACAGGAACUGAAGAGAUCUGUCCUAGCUCUUCUCCUUUGCUUGCCCACCUCGCUUUUUGCUCUCAUUCUUCUUCUCCUCUUGGCCUACAAUGGCUUCUCUGUCUUCUACCUUCACGUCCCUUUUCCGGCCAAGUCCCCGCCGGUGCCCGCCAAUUUCUCGCCGGGAUAUUCCGCCGGAGAAUCAGUCAGAAAAUGGUCUUCUUCUUCUUCGUCGUCUUCAAAGCUAGCUUCUUCAGUGAUGUAUGCAGUGAAAGAAGAACACCCAACUGUGAUUUUGAAGACCCAUUUGCUCCGUCUGCGAAAUUCACGCUUUUCAUUCAUACCCAUCACCAAUUCUUCGAGUUCCAGGUCGAGACGGGUCCGGAAGCACAAGCGCAAGCUCAAGAGCGUGCUUUCUGAAGCUCGGUCCAGUCAUUUUCCAGCAAGAAUUUCCGAAUUCUUCGCCGGAAACUCUACUACUCCUUGUAAGUUUCGAUUCUUUAUGACUAGGAUUUCGUUAAAGUCAUUUGGUGAUAGAGAGGUUUUAACUAUGGAGAGCUUGUUUAAGUCUCACCCAAAUGCUUGUUUGGUCAUAGUCUCAAAUUCAAUGAAAUCAAAGAAAGGAAGUGAAAUUCUAAGACCCUUUUUGGAAAGGGGCUUUCGGGUAAUGGCUAUUGAUCCUGAUUAUGAUUAUCUGUUUGAGAAUACUCGCGCGGAAGCUUGGUUUGAUCGGUUAAGGAAAGGGGAUGUUGAUCCUGGGGAGGUUUCUUUGGGUCAAAAUCUGUCUAAUUUACUUAGACUUGCUUUGUUGUACAAGUUUGGUGGCAUUUACAUAGACACAGAUGUUAUAGUUUUAAAGAGAUUCUCAAAGUUGAAGAAUGUGAUAGGCGCACAGACAAUUGAUCUUGACACUGGGAAUUGGAGUCGGCUGAACAAUGCUGUGUUGAUCUUCGACAAGAAUCAUCCACUUCUUUACAAGUUUAUUGAAGAAUUUGCUCUAACUUUUGAUGGGAACAAGUGGGGGCACAAUGGUCCUUACUUGGUCUCAAGGGUUGUUUCCAGGCUAAAUGGAAGGCCUGGAUUUGAUUUUACUGUAUUGCCACCCUCUGCAUUUUAUCCAGUUGAUUGGAGCAGGAUUCAAAGUCUGUUUCGGGGGCCUAGAGAUGAGCUGCAUUCAAAAUGGUUGCGCAGAAAGUUGAAGCAUAUUCAGUCACACAGUUUCUCUGUUCACUUGUGGAACAGGCAGAGCAGGGAGCUGGAGGUUGAAAAGGGAAGCAUAAUCAAUUCUAUAGUGUCCAAAUGUUGUAUCUUCUGCAAUUCUUCCAUCUCGAGCUUGUAGCCAUGGAAGAAUUAAGUUUGACAUUUUGUAAAUUGUCUUAUGCAAUGGACCAACUUGUUCUAUUUCACCAUCAUAGUCCCAGAAGAAAGCAUGUUGGGAAAUGAUGACCUUUUUUCUUCUUUAAAAUCAUCCCUUAUUCAUACAUAGUCAAUAAAGAUCUUGGUUUAGCCCUUUAA